AUGUCCUCUUCCGACCCUACGGAUACUCCCUCCAACUCCAAAGAUGGCAGCGAGCUAAUGGACCCCAAGAAUCUAUUGGACCCGAAGAUGCUAAUUUUUCCGGGUGAUAAAACACCAGAAGAGGCCCGUCUAGAGCGAGAAGGAUGUAUCCGGACUCUUCAAGUGUUUCGAUACAAUCUCUUUCAAAAAGAGUCAAAGGUCCACCAAGUUGAUGCCUUUGCUGACCUACUCUACUAUGAAGAGGAGAUACGAAGAAAUUGUCAAGAGGAAAUUGCUUUAAAGCAAAAGCUCAAGGACGAUCUAGAUAUCUGGGGCCCUGAUCUCCCUAGCUUUGACAAAGAAAUGAGCAGACUCCAUCAGGAAAAUUGGUUAAGCACACGAUACUGGUGGUAUACCCGUGGUUGGAUUAUCGGUAAUUCUGGGCCCUUAUAA